UAAAUUAGCACUCGGCACAACGACGGGUUAUGGAAGCACUGGCUACGGUACAACAGGCUAUGGAACGACAGGCUAUGGUACUACAGGCUAUGGUUCAACAGGCUAUGGCUCAACAGGCUAUGGUGGCUACGGUGGCUACGGUAGCAGUUAUGGUGGUGGCUACGGCGGUUACGGUGGUCUUGGUAGCAGCUACGGCGGUUAUGGAGGUGGCUACAACAGAUUCGGCAGCAGCUAUGGUGGCUAUGGCGGCGGCUAUGGCAACCGUUUUGGAGGAGGGGGCAUGUACGGCAACCGGAUGGGCGGACCCGAAGGAGAAAUGCCCCUUACACAGCGCAUGGAAGCCGGCACACGACCAGCCUUUGAAGUCAUUGAACAGAUCGUCGGUGCUUUUGGAGGGUUUGCACAAAUGCUCGACUCGACGUUUAUGGCGACCCACUCGAGUUUCAUGGCCAUGAUGGGCAUGGCAGAACAACUCGGCUUCUUGCGCAGCUAUCUCGGCCAGGUGUUUAGCGUCUUUGCGAUCUAUCGUCUCGUCAAGAAAUACAUCAACAAGGCCUUGGGUCGUGUUGAGGCAGGCCGACCUACCGAAAUGAAUUUCAUGGAGUUCCAACAAUUUGAAAACAAGGCUGCUGGACAGGCCGCAGGACCCAAGAUCUCUAAAAAGCCUAUCCUGAUCUUUUUGUUCAUGGUCGUCGGCUUGCCUUACUUGAUGCACAAACUGAUCCAGUUGAUCACACACAAGCAGCAGCUGGAGCAGCAGAAUAACCCGCAAAUGAGCGAUCCCAUGAUGGCGUCGUUGGGCAAGAUCGACCCGGCCAAGCUCGAGUUUGCGCGCGCUACGUACGACUUUGGGGCUGAAUCACAGAUGGAGUUGUCGCUCAAAAAGGGCGAUAUUGUUGCCAUUCUGUCAAAAACUGACCCAGUAACGAACCAGCAGAGCCAGUGGUGGCGAGGACGACUGCGUGAUGGACGCAUGGGCAUGUUCCCGGCCAAUUAUGUCGAGAUUGUGCAAAAAGCAGGAGCAACACAAGCUGCCAUAGACGAAUCGGCUGCCCAACCAGAUGAGAAGCCACAACCAUCCACACCUACACCUACUACUACCACCACGACCACCACCACCACUAGCUCAUCAUCUCCACAGUAAUAGCCGUUCCAUAUUACACUACGAUUCCCCAUUUCAUUCACUAUUAUUAUUAUUCUCCCACACACCCGCCAUAGUAUAUAUAUAUAUAUAUUAUC